UCAGCGUCCGGGAUGACUCUGGCGUCCAUUUUGGCCGGGAAGAAGCAUUUGUGUUUACAGUCUCGUUGUGACCUCGUGUGUGUGAGGUCGCGUUAGCAAUUUUCUUAAAAUGUCAGAGUGUGGAGCCUCUCCGGCUAAAUUAAGAAAGUUAGAUACGUCAGAAGAAGAAAGAAGUGACACCCGGGGCGAAUAUGACCCGGAGACCCAGAAGGCCCUAGAGGAAAUAGACUCGUGCCAAAAUGAAAUUGACCAACUCAAUGAAAAAGCGAGUGAGGAAAUACUCAAAGUCGAACAGAAAUAUAACAAACUCAGAAAACCCAACUUCGAGAAAAGGAGUCAGAUCAUCAACAGAAUUCCUAACUUCUGGGUGACUGCCUUUGUCAAUCACCCUCAAAUAUCUGCCAUCCUAGAGGAGGAAGAGGAGGAGUGCUUACACUACCUAACAAAGUUAGAUGUAGAGGAAUUUGAUGAUAUCAAAUCAGGUUACAGAAUCAAAUUCUUUUUCGAUGAAAAUCCAUAUUUUGAAAAUGAUGUCCUUAUAAAAGAGUUUCACCUCGGCUCUACAGGUGAUCCAGCGUCACAGUCUACAGAGAUAAAAUGGAAGAGUGGUCACAACCUUGUUGAACGGUUUAGGCAGAGGAUGCAACAAGGAGAGAAAAGUGGUUCUGGAAGAAAACGUUCACUUGACAUCAGAUCGUUUUUCUCUUGGUUUUCUGAUCAUGGUGACCCUUCAGCAGAUGAAAUAGCAGAGGUUAUAAAAGAUGAUAUGUGGCCCAAUCCAUUGCAAUAUUUUUUGGUUCCCGAUAUAGAGGUGGAAAAUGGUGAGGGAGACGAAGAUGAAGAUGAGAUGGAAGAUGAAGAAGUUGAUGACAGUGUAGUUGUUGUGGAAGAGGAAAUUGAGGAAGUUGAUGAAGAGGGUGUAGAGGAAGAAGAAGUACCAGAAGCAGAAGAAGCAGAUGAAUGAAGGCCAGCCAUGUUUUCACUAAAAAUUUUUAAAAAUGGCCAGAGUUUAUGUAAAUGUUAAGUACUAAUGAUAAAUCCCACUGCUGUGAACUAGCAAAUCAUGUAAUAGCAGUUCUCAUUGUAUGUAUUGAAGGAAGACUGAAGGAGCCAAUCUUGCCAGUGGUAAACAAAAUUUUUUGGCAUGACCUUAAUAAGCAUGUAUAUUUAUUUAUUUUGAAGAAUGAAAUGCCUAUUUGUCUGAUUAGUUUCAUAUGCAAUAAUUAAGUAUAUUAAGUUCACCAAAUUCUACAUAAAGUAUCCUUGAGAAGUUUGUCAUAGAUUGGUUUUUGGACUAUUUGCUUGUAGGCACGUUCAAAUACAGCUUCUGACAAGUUUCAUCAAGGAUUUAUUAAGGGUUAUAUGUAUCAGAUAUAUAUACAGUACAUAUAAUACAUGUACAUUUUUAUAUUGUACUGAUAUACACGUGUAUGCAUUUGAAACAAUAUUAAUAAGGACACAUUAUCUAUAAGGAAUGGAAUGUUACAGCUGAAUUUACCACAAGAUGGAUUUAUACAUUUUAGUGCUUUUUGGAGGUUGUCAGAUUUUGAGGAUUUUAGAUAAAACUGCAUAUUUUAGGCACAGAUAAUAUGCUUAUCAAAAAAAAGGUUGUUUAUUAUAUUGUUAAAAAGAAAAAUAUAACUAUAAUUGGAUCAAAUUAUGGUAGCAAAUUCUUUACUACUGAAUAUAUUUGUCAUCAAGUUCUUACAUAAAAUCAUCCUCAUUUUUGGGUUGCUAUCAUUCUUCAGUAGUUUGCAUAAGCUUUUACUUUCAACAUUUCCAUCUGCUCAGGAAUGUAAAAUGCUAUUGACGAGUUAUAUCUUGAGGAUAUUCUUUUACUGUAUAUUCCCUUCCUUUAGAUUACACAUACAUGUGUGUGAAUGUAUUGUGAAACAGAUUUUGUCCAGCUUUUUGAAGUAGAUAAAUUUGAAUGCUAUACUCAGUAGAUAAAUUUUAUUCUAUUGGAAAUGAAGUUUUUAAAGCUAAUCCUAAAAACUGAUAGCACUACCCUCUACCGUAACAAUAAGUUACCAUUUACAACUUUGAUACAAUGGGAACAAUUUGAAUUGGUUUGAUGUAAAAGAUCAUUCCUAGAAAUAUAGUCAUUUUGUACAA